UCCAGAAUAUCCCAGAGUCCGUUCUCAAGGCUCGCCGUGAGCGUUUGAGGGCCCGAUCCACAAUGGAAAAGGGUGAACACUGCCGUCAGAAAUCAGCACGCAACUUCGAAGAGUUAGAAACCAGUGAAUUCACCCCACCGGAGACACCGUCAGAAUAUGAUCCUUUUGAGCAAGGGCUAAGGACUUCAUGUGUGUCUCGUGAGCCAAGCACAGUGAGGCUUAAGAACGCCCCAAAACAAACAUCCAAUAGCACAUGUGCGCUCUAUACUGAAGACCUCGAGCAAAGAGAUUGGGCGUUUUCUUCAACAUCAGAAUUGUGUGAUAAUCCGGCUUUGCCCACAGUCUUGGAAAAGUCCACUUGUCGGGUCCCAAAUCGCUUCGAGCUCCAAGACGAGCACGAAGUGAGUUCUCCGAGCCUGGGCAUACCAGUAUUAGAACGGAUGACUUUGACUGGCAAGGCCCUUCGCCCUCGUUCACUCUUAUCUAGCUCUGCUGCAAAACUGGGGCUCUCCCGCCAGAACGACUCUCUCGUUGAAUCAACAAGCCGGACUCGUCGAAAGUCCGUGCCAAAGACGUGUGCCUCACAACCUUCAGCGCGAAACGUUGUCCGUCAACAAAUUUUAACGUCUACGAAGACAAGGAGAGACAUCUUCAUUUAUCAUAACCGCUCACUUCUUUUACCAUUACUUCCUCCAAAAAAUUAUGUCGAGCAACUUAGCUUUGACAAAUCGGCAUUCAUUUCUAUUUACGAAGAUGUAGCUCAACCUGCUGGAAUCAAUGCAACCCUAAAGCCAUAUCAAGUGAAGGGCCUCUCAUUUCUCGUACAUAUGCAUAAUAACGGCAUGCCCGCUAUAUUAGGUGAUGAGAUGGGCUUGGGCAAGACUUUGCAGACCUUGUCGUUAUUUCAAUACCUCAAAGAAAAGGAGCUAAGGAACAACGCGCUCGUGUCCGAAGAACUACGCCCAUUUUUGGUGAUUUGCCCUCUGACCGUGCUUGAGAACUGGGUUUUGGAGGCUCGCAAAUUUGCUCCGAAAUUAGAAGUUCUCCGCUUUCACGGACCUGUCAAUGAAAGAGAGUUCCUUAAGGAUGAAUGGCGUAAGAGAAAACGUGACGCACUCCGCUAUAGCAAAUCACCAGUGCAAGAGUUACAGGCAUCACCAUACGACCUAGUCAUUACCACAUAUGACUCAUUUAGAGCAGAGUCAAGCUGGUUUAGAUCUGUCGCUGCGUGGCGCUACGUCGUUUUGGAUGAAGGCCAUCGUAUCAAAAAUUACAGAACACAGGAGUCGAGGUCACUUCAGAGCAUCCAAGCCGAGUAUCGCAUUAUAUUAACUGGAACGCCUUUGCAGAACAAUCUCAUAGAGAUGUGGUCGCUUUUUCACUGGCUUUUCCCAGACAUCUUUACCGAAAAUAGUCUUCAGAUGUUCAGAGAAGCGUUCAAUCUUACCAAAGGACAAGUGAACCGAGAAAUUAUUGACCAUUGUCGCCGGCUACUUGAGCUCAUCAUGCUGCGGCGGAUGAAGAACAGUGCAGAAGUGAGCCUCAAUUUACCGCCCAAAGAAGUGAUUCGCCUGUUCGUGCCCCUGACGCGCAUGCAGAAGAAAUGGUAUUUGAAGCUUUUGACGCAGCAGUCAGACGAUAUGCUGGAAGAGAUAUAUCGAGGCGCACAUGGAAAGGAACAACAAGUUCUGCAGAUGAAAGACGUGCGAACUGGUAUUGUUCAUGACGACAGCACACAAGCUGAAACAAUUUCGAUGAGCCAUUCGCUGGCAGUGGAUUACAUAGACAACACAUCAUUCGAGUCCACUCCCAGAAGAUCAUUGUCACCAGCGUCGAAUCAGGACUCAUGGAGGCGCUUGUUGAAUCUUGCUCUUCAGCUGCGAAAGGUAUGUACCCACCCAUACCUGGUUCCGGAUGCUGCUCCAAGCGUCAACUACAUCGGUUCGCACAUAUACGAAAACUCAGGCAAAUUCAUGGCGCUUCGUAUACUCAUCGAUGAGAUUGUUGUCCGGCAAGGUAAAAAGAUGCUUGUAUUCAGCAAUUUCACAGAAGUUCUGGAUUGGGCGGAAGACCUUGUCACAUUGAUAAGUGAAUCGGGCACAAAAUUCCAGUGUAUACGCCUCGAUGGUGCUACUGUGCGCGCUAAACGUAACCUGUAUGUUCGCCUCUUCCAGCAGAUUGAAUCCAACUAUAGAAUAUUCCUGAUCUCAACAAAGGCAGGUGGUGUUGGGCUCAACUUGACUGCUGCCACGGAAGCUGUCUUCAUGGACGAGGAUUGGAAUCCCCAAGUCGAUCUUCAAGCCGAGGCAAGAUGUCACCGAAUAGGCCAGACGAAGCCUGUUACGAUUUACAAACUAUGCACUUCUGGCAGCGUUGAGGAGCAAAUGCUUGGACGCAUUCACAAGAAGCUAUAUCUGUCAGCUAAGAUAACGGAAGCGAUGGAAAAUAUCUAUGAUAACCCAUUGAAAACUAGCACUAAUCGAGUCCAGAUCGACCAAUCCAAAUCGCUAUUCGGAAGCUAUUCCCAAUUCAAGAGCUUGCUUCGUCGGGGUACCCAGACAUUGGCAAGUGCUAGCACGGACGCAGACGAGAUGGCCAAUUGGGAUUGCAGAACUAUGAUUGAGAGAUGUCGGCAGAAGAUGGACCUUAGUGGGAGUGAUGACGAAGCCGACGAGGAAAGGUGGCUUGCGACUAUGGAGAAAGUUGAGUGUGCUGUUUUUGAAGGCCGGAAUUAUGGUCGUCGGAUCGCGUCACCUCAAGGCUCAAACAUGGUUCCAACUACAUCUCGGGAGCAACGUCGCUUAGGCAAGGAAUUGACGGUUGAGAUAGAUGGGUUCGCGGUCAACAAGGCGUCGCUGGCGUGUGCUGAGUGGGAGUCUGUGCCAACUCUAGCAGGCAAAUCUCCCUUACUUAAAUCCAGAAAGAGGACACGACUCAAGUUUUCUCAUCAAGACCACUGUCAGCAAUGUUACGAGUCCGAGGGCCUGCUAUACGAGUGCACGAAUUGUCCUCGUGUAUAUCACGAGGGUUGCAUGAGUAAGGACGAUGCAAAGAGGGCAAAGGACAUGUCGAACUGGAGUUGUUUCCAGCACUCUUGUCAUAGUUGCAGCAAGAAAGCAGCGGAAGCGGGCGGCAUGAUCUUUCGCUGCCGCUGGUGCCCUAAUGGGUACUGCGAAGACUGUCUGGAUUGGGACUCCGUAAAGCUCAUCGGCGACAACAUUGAUGAGUACAAGAUACUUGGUUUCCCAGUCAAGCGCGAGGCGUACUAUAUCGCGUGUCCGGCCUGCAACGACCCAGAGCUUCGUGAGGCACUCGAGGCUCAGGCAGAGAGUUAUCGUGAGCUGGCAAAGCGGUUUGACGCCGGCGAGCCAAUCGAACUUGAUGAUCAGGUAAGAAAUGACAGCAAUGAAGAUACAGCUUCAGGCUGUAACGAACAAGCCUAUAUAUUCAAGCAUGUGGAGUCCGUGUCGGAGAUGCACAAGAACCCGUCUCCAAGUCAGCAAUCAAGCGAUAGACAGAACACGAGACAUGCCGGCGUUGAAUCCGCGGCCGCGACGACAACACACGACGUCUCCGUGGCAAUUCGCGCGAAUGAACUCGUCUUCUCGAAAUCUUCCUCUCCAACGUCAGAUCGCGGACCAUACAGCUGUUUCGCGGUUGAUCCGUACAUGCCAAUGACACCCGCGGCAUCGCACGUGGACUCUCCUUCGCUAGUCGCGUCGCCGGCCCGCUUGAAACGGAAGGCUGGAAACGAUGCAAAACUGUCGGAUGGCAGCCCGCAGCAAAGGAAACAACCGAAGAAGAGGACCGUGUCGAAAACCUAGAUCAAACCGUACGGUUUGUGUUCCCGACAGCCUGGCUGCGAUGAGGGUGCGAAGGCACUUCUUACUUGAAGACCUGAGACACGGAUGUUGGGCAU